AUGCUUAUAGCUACCUGGCUUUUAAUGGCCAUUUCAUCCGCAUCGACCCUCCCAAAAUGGAUUGCCGAGGACAGCUACAUUCUCAAUCAGAUAGACGAAGAGAAGAUAGAGAUAGAUAAUAUACUAAAGUCCCCCACUCACUUCAAAGACUUGCCACCGAUCCUAAAGCUGCCUAAGAGCCACGAGAAGACUUUGAAAGAGGGAGAGAUACCACAAUAUGUGAUCGAUUAUGCUCCUUUUGUACAUCUCUACUCCGAGGAGAGGUACUUGCCCUACGACAUCAAGGAGUAUGUGACCCAUUUCCAUGCUACUCACAAGAACGGUACAACCAUUCCCGGUACUGAUAACGGCAGGCUAAACAUCACAUCGUUAAGUAAACUUCCGAAGCGCCCGGCCGUUUAUCUCACGGCAGAUGAGGACUUCGACACUGACCCUGACUGGAUCACGGGUGUGAAGAAUAAGCCAAACUUGGUGAACGGAGAGAUUAAGGAUGCACCAGCCACUUUGAUCAUCGUGGACAAAGGAAACGGCUGGGUGGAUGCAUUCUGGUUUUACUUCUACUCGUUCAACCUUGGUCCGUUUGUGAUGGGGCUGGGCCCUUAUGGAAACCAUGUGGGUGACUGGGAACAUUCAUUGGUAAGAUUUUACAAGGGUAAGCCCGUGAUCGUUUGGAUGUCAGCUCACGGCGGAGGUGGCGCCUACUACUACAAGCACCUCGAGAAGUACGAGCUCGACCCAAAACACCCCAUCAUUUUCUCAGCCAGAGGCACUCAUGCUAACUACGUCUCGGUGGGUACUCAUCCUCACGAUUUGCCAUACGAAAUCUUGUGUGAUUUUACUGAUAGAGGUCCAUUGUGGAAUCCUACCAAGAAUUACUUGGCCUACUCCUACGAUGGCAAAUUCGUCUACCCUGCUGAGAACAACACCAACACUAAGCAUCGGGGUAGAGAGGCGACUUACGGUGACUGGUUGACCUUUACAGGCCACUGGGGCGAUAAGAAACUCGCGAACGACGACCCAAGGCAAAGCCAUUCUCUCAUCGGUGGCUUCAAAUACAUCGAUGGUCCCAAGGGCCCAUUGAAGAAAAACUUAUUGCGUAUCAUUCCCUGUGAGAGGCACAAGUGGUGGAAUUUCUGGAAUGGUUGCAAUGUGAGAGAGAACAUCAAGUGGGGAAUCGGCGUGGAGAGUGAAGGUUAUAAUUGUGGCAAUAUGUUUGUCAACAUGAGGCCAAGGUGGCUCAAAAAGAUUUUGCAACAAAUGGCAGAGAGCUCAUCAUAUCUAGAAAAGUUCUCAGACAAUGAGAUCCACCAAAGAUCCUAUAAUGCCAAUUCUGAAAAGCCAGGCAGAUGGCAGAACUUCAAAGACUCAUUCAAACGUGUUAAUGUAGAAGAUGACAUCGAUCCCGAUCUUUCGGAUAUCGAGAGAGCCAAUCUUCUAACGUCGAAGCUGCCGCUACAAAGAAAGCUCAAGUCCAGAAAUAUCACAAUGAUUGCGAUCGGGUCCUCCAUUGGAAGUGCACUUUUUGUGGGUUCCGGCUCGGCUCUUAGUACGGGUGGACCCGGUGGUAUAUUGAUUGGCUGGACAAUAACUGGUUUGGCUAUUUUCACGACAAUGCAGAGUUUGGGAGAGCUCUCUGUAGCAUUUCCCGUCAGCGGUGGCUUCAAUCUUUAUGCCAGUCGUUUCAUUGAUCCCUCUGUUGGAUUUGCUGUGGCAUGGAACUACUUCAUCCAAUUCUUGGUGUUACUCCCAUUGGAGCUCGUGAGUAGCUCUAUCACCAUGAAAUUCUGGAAUACCUCGGUGAAUCCCGACAUUUGGGUUCUUAUAUUUUACAUUGUCGUCUGCUCCAUCAAUAUGAUUGGCGUGAGAGCCUACGGAGAAGCCGAAUUCAUCUUCUCUUUGAUCAAGGUCACUGCAGUUAUCGGAUUCAUUAUUGUCAGCAUCGUUCUUGCUGCGGGCGGCGCUCCAAACGGAGUUCAUCACGGCGCUGAGUUCUGGCACAAUCCUGGAGCUUUUGCCAAUGGCUUCAAGGGUGUGGCUUCUGUGUUCGUUACCGCUGCUUUUGCCUAUGCUGGUGUUGAACUUGUUGGUUUAGCUGCAGCUGAAUCUGAAAACCCAAGACGUGCAUUGCCCCGUGCUAUCAAACAGGUGUUCUGGAGAAUCUUGAUGUUCUACUUGGUUUCCCUCACCUUGAUUUGUUUCCUUGUUCCUUACAACUCCGACAGACUUUUGGGAGCAUCAUCUGUGGAUGUGACUGCGUCUCCUUUUGUCAUUGCUAUCGAAAGUGGUGGUAUUAGCGGAUUGCCUCAUGUUAUGAAUGCUGUCAUUUUGAUUUCAGUUAUUUCAGUGGCAUCUACCUCAGUAUAUGCUUCGUCUCGUACGCUCACCUCGUUGGCUGAACAAGGUUUGGCCCCAUCUUUCUGCGCUUACAUUGACAGAGCGGGCAGACCUUUGGCUGCCAUCAUCAUUUGCAACAUUUUCGCCCUUCUUGCAUUCAUCGCUGCCAGUAACAAGGAAGCCGAAGUGUUCGAUUGGCUCAUGAGUAUUUCAGCAUUGAGUUCCAUUGCAUCAUGGAUUAGUAUCAAUUGGGCCCACAUUAGGUUCAGAAGAGGUCUCAAAACGCAAGGUAGAAGUACCGACGAAUUGACAUUCGUUGCUCAAACCGGUGUGAUUGGCUCUUAUCUUGGUGGAACCAUCUUCGUUUUGGUGUUGAUUGCCCAAUUCUGGAUCGCAUUGUUCCCAGUGGGCGACAAGUCGAGUGCUUACAAUUUCUUCUUGUCAUAUUUGGGAGGUGUCAUUUUGAUUGUAUUUUACAUCGGUCACAAGAUCUGGAAGAGAAACUGGAUCUUGCAAAUUCCUUCUAGAAAACUUGAUCUCGACACUGGACGCAGAGAGCCAGAUUUGGAGCUUUUGCGUGAACAGCUCAGACAAGAAAGGGCCUUUUUACGUGGAAAGCCUUGGUCGCUCAAACCUGCCCUGGGUAAUGUACCUGUGGUUAUCAACGCCAAAGUGGUCGGUGGUGGAGCUGAUAUGCAAAAGCUCCUACUGCAACUUCAAACUGGAAGCGCUUCUACAAGGGCACAGGUUGCCACACAAAUCACAGAAGCACUAGAAAAGUACUACUUAUCAUCAAUUCCUGAGGUCUGGUACCUCGCCCGAGAUCUAUGCGAUUCUCAGCACCCAGGUGGUGUAAGAAGAUCGGCAUUGAAACUCCUCGUCAAAUGCAUACAACAGGACGAGGAUGCUGUGAGCAACAGACUCAAGUUUUACUCUGAUAUUGUUGAGUUUUGCAAAGUUUCCGAGACAAAAGUUGAUAACGAGUUUGACUUGUUCUUGAGUGCUCUCAAGGCUCUCACUAAUGAUGGAAGAGAUAUACACGACCUUUACAUUUAUGAUCAGAAUGGAAGUUUCUCUGAGUUCCUAUUUCGCUGCUUCAAAGCUUUGGCAGGCCAUGCAAAGAAGUACUCAGAUGGGCCGGACCCUUCCAAAGAUGAUCGAACGUUCCACAACCUUAUCGAUCUCACUAGCUAUAUCACCAAUUGCGUUCAGUUCAAUUACGCAUUAACAGAAGAUCAAUCAUUCAGCUCAAUUGUGAACGUUCUUGUGAGGCUGAGCCUUGAAACAAAAAAUCUGACAAUUGUGUCAGUGUAUCUUGAUUUGGUGAAGUAUAGUAUUGUUCUUAUCUCAGCUGCAGAGGACGUGUUCCGGGAUGUGGUGAAACUAUUAUGCUACGUAUAUGCCACAUUUAUUGAUUUACGACUGACUUGUUCCGAUCUCAUCAAACAGUGUUGCAUUGAAUCACCUACUCCUGUGAUCUCAACGUUGGGGUCUGUGAUUUUCAACAAUGAUGUCAUAAAAUAUAGCAAUGAUACAGACCCAUCGCAGGAUAUGACACGAACCAAAACUUUUGAUGGCAUGCUGCACAUUUCGUCUUGCCUUGGAGCAAUUAGCAUUCUUGAAAGUGUCUUUAUACAAAUAUGUUCGGACAGAAAGAUGUCAGAUAUCACGUUUGUGAUUGACCAGGCAUACGAUGAUAUCGUUGACGCUUUGAGUUUGAGAAUUCCAUUCAUUAAUUCCGCCUUCCUCAGUAUGUUCAGUCGACUUUUCGACCUGGACGAGCAUGGCAGUACAUUCGCUAACGAUAGCUUGUUUACAAAGCUUUUUCCAUUCUACCUGUGGUACUCCACUUCACGAUCUGUUUUCAAUAUUCUUCGCUUCAUGGAUGUUAAUACAGAACAAGAUGCAGAGAAUUGGCUCACUAUUUGCGAUGCUCUCAACGCUAGAUACGCUCAAGAAGACCUCACUGCCCCCAAGGACGCAUUGGCAGAUUUAUUCAUGACUCAUCCAUCAGCUGUGAGUGACAAUGCUGCUACUUUUGCAAUUGAAUAUUUCAAGGAUGAGAGGCUCUGCCUGGUGUUCAAUUCUCUGUGGAAAGGAAAUUGUCAAAGACUUCUCAACGCACACUUUUACGCUAGCGGUGCAUCUUCAGAAAGCAAAAAGAAUGUAUUGAUCACAAUCAAAGAAGCUCACGAAUCGUCGUUAACCUUGUUUGAUGAUGCGAGCAUCGCCCGCAUCAUUUUAGAUGUCCUUGAGCGUUCUUUCCAAGAACAAGAUCCCGUCACAAUUGAGUAUCUCUACGGUGACUUUUUGCAUGACUUCAUGUCACUUUCCAAUCACUCAAUGGUAAAGCAAAUAUUUGAAGUAUUUCACUCAGCGUUCAAACCUGAUCCCCCAAAGCCAGAAAGACAGAAAAGCAUGCGCUCGCUUAGCUCAAGAGGCUCUGGAAGAUACUUUCAAACUUCACUGCGCCAAUUGAGUGUUGUUUCUGACCGAAGCACACAGCUGCAAAGAACGCUCAAUCCAAAGGUUUUCGAUCGCCUAGCACAAACCAUCUCAAAAUUUUUCAUUACUUCCUCAAUUUCGAAUCCCGAUGAUGCAAUCGAAACGUAUAACUUCAUGACAAGGUUUCUUCGCUUUUGCAUUGAUCAAGCACAUAUAUCUGCGCUGAUUGCUUUGCUUCGAAGCUUAGUCAGAAUAAGAGUAUCAAGCAGAGGACGUGUUUAUUUUACAGAGGUUACAGAUAUGGGUGGAUUAGCGAGUGCUUUCAAAAGAGCUUCUUCUGAUCCCAAUUUCGAUGGAAGUAAGAGCAUAUUGUGGGAAUAUCCAGAGAGCCUUGCAUAUAUUCCUGAGGGCUAUCUCGACAGACCGACCAAGAUUAUACUUCUGCAACUGAUUUCAUUACCAGAGACGAAAGGAUCCGAGAAUCAAUCCACCUUAGAUAUUGGGCACUGGGUGGAUACCGUGCGUCUUAUUAUUACUAACUAUUACCAUUGGGAGGUCUAUUCCUUUGUUUGGGCUCAUUACUGCUCGCAGUUGAGUAACAUGUCUCUUUUCAAGACUCAAGAGGCUCAUAUUCUUGAUCUUCAAAAAAUUGUCUGCGAUCAGCUCAUGCUCAAUUUGCCAACGUCCGAAGCGUUCCCAACUGAGCAUACGAGUGUCACCAAGUCGGACCUACAGGUGGCAUUGGUGCGUAUUCUUUCUUCUUUACUUGGUUACCACGGGCUUUUCACAAAAGCAGAUGAAGAUCAAGUUGUCAGCUCAAUUAUAUUUGCCAUGGGCUCUUACGAGAGGACCGCAAUUCCGUGCAUCCAUAUCUUGAAUGUCUGCUGCUACGAGAUUCCACUUUCCAUUAAGAAAUUUUUGACUGCUAUUCUCACAAAACUCCAGACUGGAGUCACGAGUUCAUUUGCAAGUCCUCCAACGUUGGAAUUCAUGAUGUCUUUGAUCAACCUGCAAGCAAUCACCUCGAGUUUCACAAUUGAUGAUUACAAGAGGUUCUUCGCAAUUGCAUUCAAGUACAUUCAAUACGCUUCGAUGUUGAGAGCUCAAAUUUCGCAAGGUAAAGCGUCAAAAGAACAGGAAGAUGUUUUGCAGAAACACGGAGUAGAUGCAAUAGUUGAACAGAAAGCCUCAACACAAUUGACACCGAUCACACCUAUUAUGAACGAGUAUCUUUAUCUUAUAUCAUAUAGAUUGAUCGCUCGUUUAUUCCUUACCAUUAAUCUCAACGACAGGCGUAAGUUGAGUCCCUUUUUAUUGAGGAACUUGGUGCUUGCAAAUCAAAUUGAUGAAACUGACAUCAAACAUGAGCCAACAAUUGCAUUGGCAGACUUCCUCAUCCGAUUUGCUUGCAGCGACAUCCCGCUCAAAGUUGUCAUCCCUCCAAAGCCGAGCCUCGAAAAGACCAAUGAUGUUACUAACAGUUGGCUUUUAGGAUCAGUUAUCAUGACAAUCACGACAAACACCAUAAAUGGCGAUUCUUUGAUCACUGUGAGAAGGCCCACCAGCGUCUCCGUAUUCCGUAUUCAGUUUGAUCCCUCAAUGUUACAGACAACGACAAACUCUGAUGGAAACCAGAGAUUGGUGCUCAAUUCAUAUUUCUUAUUGCAAGUGACCAACUUUUUAGAGGUCAAGGAGCAAUUGAAGCCUGUUCCGUUGCUAGAGGAUGCAGCCACAGAACGUGCACUUGGAUCCCUUGAUAGAACUCCUGUUGUUUCGUUUCAUAAGGCCGGCAUUGUAUAUAUAGGGUCAGGUCAGACUGAUGAAACGGCAAUAUUGGGGAACACCGUUGGAUCGGCCAGCUAUCACAGAUUCCUUGACCUGCUUGGAAGGCUUAUACGCUUGAAAGAUGCAGACUCUGUCUAUGUCGGAGGCUUAGAUAAGGAAAAUGGCAGCGACGGGGAGUAUGCUUAUAUUUGGGGUGAUACAAUUUCACAGACGGUUUUUCAUGUUACAACGCUCAUGCCGAAUGUUGCAUCCGACAAGUAUCACUCAUUCAAAAAGAGACAUAUUGGAAACAAUCAUGUCAAUGUUUACUUUGAUGAAUCAGGCCACAGCUUCAAUUUUAACACCAUCAAGUCACAGUUCAACUUCCUAAAUAUUGUGAUCACGCCGCAUACGCCACUUCAGAGAGCAGGGGGUAACGUCGAGGCGGAGGUAUUCAAAGUUAAAACAUUCCGGCGCCACGGGGUGCCUGGUAUUUUUUCAACGACUCAUUUUAAAUUGAUCUCAGCGGAACAAUUACCCACGUUUAUCCGAAACUCCAUUUUGAUCUCCGACAAGUUUGCACAGGUCUGGCAUAAUUGCAGCAACGGAGAAUACGUCUCAAAUUGGCAAUUACGAGUGCGCCAAAUCGAAUCGAUACGCAAAAGAACUCUAGAGUUACACAAGACGAAUCAGGAGCAACAGAAGAAGCAGGGCAAGGAAAAUCCACACUCGUCAGACGGCGCCGUCGGAGGGCCGAAUAUGUCAGCACCUGACGUCAUUGCCACUGACAUGACAAACUCGUUUUUGGAGCAAUUACAGGGAGGCGUUACCAAUGGUAGCGGAGAAGAAUUCAACCAAGCUACCAAUUCCCGUUAUGACUAUGCAACGGGUGAGGACCACGGAGCCUACCAACGUAUUGAGUUUGGCUCUUAUACGUAG